AUGACGCAAACUGCUAUAGAUCUGAGCACUGGUUCCCUCGGCGCUCCGUGGCCAUUGUCCUAUGUUCCGCUUCUGGUUGAAAUAGCAAUAUAUAGAAGUAGCACUGUGCGCCGUAUGCUUUUUUAUCGGCGCAAUGAUAUCAUCGUGCGGCUCUCUAUUUGUCUUCGCAUAGGACAGAUCGCCACAAGCGAGAAGAUCUGGACCAUUCCAGCGUCAAUCAGGCCCAAGAGCGCUCGACAAGUGGGAAUUUCAGCCGAAUAUCAACAAGAAGCUCCAAAAGACCCUGUAAUGGCCUAUCCCGCUAGGAACCCAAUCACCAUGCAAGGUGUGGUCUUCUGUAACCCAACCAUGCGCAAGUGCUUGAAAAUUUUUAAGCACAUAUCCCCGCGAACAUGUAGGCGUCAUGCCUGGGCGGCUCACGCUUAUUUGGAAACGGUGAUAGCAAGGCUGCUUUCACACCAAUCGCUAGGAGCUGUCGCCUUUCCUAAUAUGCUACCAAUAGGCAAGGAUAACACUAGCUAUUUGUCUGGACCACAAGCAACUGGUGGCCAUAGCCAACAUAGAGGCUUGCGCGAAAACGCACGCCAUGGACGGCAACCUCCGCUCUGUUCGUUUUAG